CUGUCAAAAUCAUAACAAUUUACACACCACAUCAAAUCAAUAUUGUGUGAAUCGCAUUUUCGAGUGCAUGGCUGAUUUUCAAUUGAAAUAAAAUCAAAGUGAAUUUCCGCAAAACGGUUAAUAAAUGCAUAAAAUCGCUUCGCCCAUUACGAAUAGCAGCACAAAAUAAAACCGAACCACAGUGCAUCGAAUCAUUCAUUGUCAAUUUUAAUUGAACAUCAUAAUUUCGUAUCGUUGAAUUGAUUUGUAUUUGUGUAUAGUUUGCUUGCUAUGGUAUCAAACAAAUAAAAUGUAAUCACCAUGUCACCAUGAGGAACUAUUAAAGAAGCACCACAAAAAAUCGCACGAUAAAAAUACGUUCACACAUACAAACCAUUCAAAUAAGACAAAUUAUCAACUUAUCGCAAAAUAUUUCAUUUUUGUCAUGUAAUUCUAAUAAUUGACGAGUGAUUUCAAUUAAAAUCAACAUCAUUUCUAUUGUUUAUGUAUUAAAUGUCUGAAAAUUACUUGUGUGUACCCAGAUGAUGUGAACAUUUUUUGGAAAUUUUGACGAAAAAAACAAUCGGUAAUUUCAAUCAACAUCGAUAAAUAUUCAACGAUACAAAGUCGGCGCUUACUUUAUCGGAGGUUUUUUUCAAUCAACGCAAAAGUUCUUCAUAGAUCAAAUUACAAUUGAAAGUCGCGUAUGAACACUGUCAAACAACCGUAGUUAUAAUGAUUCAGGGAUAUGGUCCAGUAACGCAAGCUCUUUUAGGCACACUAUUGACAUGGGGUCUAACGGCAUUAGGCUCUGCAAUGGUGAUAUUUCUACGUGGUAAUCAGCGAAAAUCGUUGGAUAUUGCACUUGGUUUUGCAGCAGGUGUCAUGAUAGCUGCUUCAUUUUGGUCGUUACUAGCGCCGGCCAUUGAACUCGCUGGCAAGUCUGAAUUGUAUGGCGAAAAGGGUGAAUAUGCCUUCGUUCCCAUUGCUGGUGGAUUUUUAUUAGGAUCAAUUUUUGUAUUUGCAACCGACAAAAUAAUCUCAUACUUAGGAAUUAAUAGCCCUCAUAUGAUGAUUGCGCUAACUCAUGCAAACAAGGACAAAGCUGAUAUUGCUCUAGACGAUGCCGAAAACAAUGCGCAAUAUGCAAAGAAAACACAAUACGUUCGCACAAUAGAUGAUCAAUGCACAACAAUUGGUUUGGACAGUUUUACCGAUUGUCUUAAUCAGCAACAUUCCAAUUUAGUUACUUCGCGCCGUAGAACCGUGAAAAGUACAAGCGAAAAUCAUAAUAGCGAGACUUACACAGCAAGCCAACAAGCAUUAAACCAAGCAAGCGCACUAUCUCAAUGGAAGCGGAUAAUGUUACUGGUAAUUGCUAUAACGGUGCACAAUAUUCCCGAAGGACUAGCUGUUGGUGUGAGUUUUGGUGCAAUUGGAAAUACAGAUUCGGCCACCUUUGAAUCAGCCCGAAAUUUGGCUAUCGGAAUUGGUAUACAAAACUUCCCAGAAGGUUUAGCCGUAAGUCUACCAUUACAUGCGGCCGGUUUUACUAUGUGUCGUGCUUUUUGGUACGGACAACUUUCUGGCAUGGUUGAGCCCAUUUUCGGCAUUUUGGGCGCAGUCGCUGUAACCGUAGCAUCAAUCAUUCUACCAUAUGCGUUAUCAUUUGCAGCGGGUGCUAUGAUUUAUAUCGUUGCUGACGACAUACUUCCUGAAGCACAUACUAGUGGCAAUGGACUUUUGGCAACUUGGGGCACAAUUGUUGGAUUCAUUUUGAUGAUGAGUCUAGAUGUUGGCUUGGGAUAAGUUCCGAUUAUAUUUUGAUUGUAAUAAACGUGGCUCCAAGCGACUAUAUGACUAUAUUGUGGUAUAUCUAGACACAAUGCAUUUUUGCAUCAAUGUACAUAUGAUUGGAUUAGAAUAAAACUCCGGAUUGAAAUAAA